UCAGAGCCUGUGUUUUGAUUGUGUUCUCGGUCCUCACCGACGCAGCUCCAGCUCUGGUUGUGUUUGGACGUGAAUGUAAGACUCGCUGAAAAUGAAUCUAGCGGAUUAAUGUUCUUUAGGAUUUAUAGCUGAACCACAGCCCUGGCUCGUUAUUUUGCGCGGACUGCUGUUGUUGGUGAGGAGAAUGGGGUGCUGCUCAGGGAGAUGUGUGCUGAUCCUCCUGUGCACUGUUCAACUGAUCACUGCUUUGGAGAGGCAGGCAUUUGAUUUUCUAGGUUACCAGUGGGCUCCGAUCCUGAUUAACUUUCUCCAUAUUAUUGUGGUCAUACUUGGACUGUUUGGGACCAUCCAGUACCACCCCCGCUAUGUUAUACUGUAUGUAGUCUGGACUGUUUUCUGGGUGACAUGGAAUAUCUUCAUCUGUUGCCUCUAUCUUGAUUUGGGAGGACUUUCUAAGGAGAGUGACUACAUGUCUCUGGGGCUGUCCUCACAUGGGUCCUGGUGGAAGGACAACGGGCCAGGCUGUGAGAACAAGGACCUGCCAGCAGCUAAAUGGCAGGGUGAAGACAGUCCGGCACUGAUCUCCACUCUGGGCUGUGUGCUGGAGUACCAGUACAUUGAGGUUCUCCACAGUGCAUUGCAACUGGUCAUUUCUCUGCUGGGAUUCGUGUUUGGCUGCUAUGUGGUAAGCGUCUUCAGUGAAGAAGAGGACACGUACCUGUAUAAAUGAGGAGUGUCUAGCAGACAAAUAUCAAAUGAAGCAGGAGCACGUGGAAGAAAAGAACAAGGAAGAAAGGAUGGAGCCAUUUCUCUAAAAACCUUGAAGGAGCAGUAACCUAUGAAAAACAGUCACCUGAUAAAUGACUCAUGUUUGUGUUUUAGACCCAUUUGUGCACUUAAUCCUGGCUUAAUUACCUUUCUAUUAUAGACAGCCUGUAAAACCCAAGGACUGUGCCAUAUCUGAGAAAAGAGAGCAACGUCCACAUAUUUAACAUCACUUUUGACAUAUCAACUGAACAUGUAUGUGAUGCAGAAAUUAGUUUUCCUAACUCAUAUUUUUAUUGAAUCUCUCAUCAUAAGACAAGUAUAUUUUUUGGAGAUAUUCUGAAAAUUAUUCGGUUGUGUUUUUUCACACAUAGAUGUUGACAGCAAUAGACGUGAACUACUUGUGAAAGUAAUAAGAGUUGGCAAUAUGCUUGUAUGUGUGCACAUUUUUUUUGUAAAUGAAGGCCAACAUGGGAUUAUAUGUAGAGCCAGAAUUAAGCAUUUUCUUUAUUUUAAUCUCUUGAAAUAUGUAAAUAGUAAAUUUAAUAAGCAGACGUCAGCUGCGUAUUGUAACGAAUGACCUUUUAGUCAAUAUUAAUGUACACUUGCUAUUACUUUAUCUUUGUCUGUCAGUUGUGAAAGAAAGUGUUGGUGAACAAGUAGUUUGAUUUUGAUGCUAAUAGUGCUUUUUAUUGUUAUAAACAAAUGUGCACACUCCUGCUAAAAAGUAAUAGUCCAGUCCCAACUAUAAACCUUAUAGACAGUGCAAGUUUCCUAAUCACCUAAAGUUGAGGAAUUGCUAGAGACACCUAGUGGCUAGAGUGAGAAUGCUCGGGUUGCAUGUGUCUUAAUGCAGUGUCACCUAUAGGCUGAUUUACUGAGGUCCACCUUUAAUUUUAUUAUUGAUGCAAUUUAACAUGUAGAUACCCUGUUUCCAAAAAAGUUGGGACAGUAUGUGAGAUACUAAUAAGAGCAGAAAUCUGGGAUUGGUACAUUCUAAUUAUCAUAUUACAUUGAAAACAGUACAAAAAUACAAUGUUUGAUGUUUUACCUUUAACUUUUAUUUUUUCUGUAAAUACACACUCUUUACAAAUUUGAUGCCUGCAACACAUUCCAAAAAUGUUGGAACAGGAACGUGUUAUAUGAUCUCUUUUAAUUAGUCUUCUCAGAUUCAGAUUCCUUUAUUGAUCCCAGGGGGAAAUUGCAGAUAAUGGUUUAAGGAUAGCCAUUGAUUUUUGGCCGUUCUUCCAGUAUACAAGUUUUCAGUUGUGCAACCACACUGGCCCUUUGUUGUUGUAUUUUACAUUUUUUAGAGAAAGAUCUUGACUGCAGGAAGGCCAGUCUAGCACCCAUACUUUCUGAUUAUGCAGUCGUGCUGUUGUAACGUGCAGAAUGUGGCUUGGUGAAAUAAACAUGGAAGUCCCUGAAAAGGACUUUGUUUAGAAUGCAGCAUAUGUUGCCCCAAAUUGUGUACAUGUCUUACUGGGUUAAUGGUGCCUUCAGAUGUGCAAGUUACACCCCCAUGCCAGAGCCUGACUUUUGAACUUUAUGCUGGUAACAAUCUGGGACACAAUGUCCAUUAUUUCCGUAAGUAACCUGACUGGGUGACUCGUCAGAACACAAUACAUGAUUGCACUGUGCAUCAGUCCAUUUCAGAUGAGCCUGAGGCCAGAGAAGUCAGUGGUGUUUCUGGAGUUUUAUUGACAUGUGGCUUCUGCUGUGCAUAGUACAAUCUGUAUGGGCAUUUGUGCAUGCAGCAAAUCCAUGUGGUGAAUUCCUUCAUGGAAGCAUACAGUAAAGCAGAAAUGUGUGAAGGAUCGAAGGUCACAUAUAUUCACUUGUCUUUUAAGCACAGAGAUUUUGCCUGGGUUUCCUGUCAUUUUUUAUGAUAUUAUGCACUGUAGAGAGUGAAAUACUCUAACACUUAUUGGCAAAUCACUUGUUGAUUUAGUGAAAAACUGUUGGAUCAUUGGUUGAUGCAUUUUUGGCAAAGUGGCGAGUUUCAACCCAUGCAUCAUCUCUUUAAGAUGGUUUUGGAACAAUUUAUAAUACACCAGUUCUUAAAUCGCCCCGGUCCCAGAAUUUUUUUGGAACAUACUACAGACAUCAAUCUCAGAAUGAGCAUGUUUACAGAAACAAUCAAGUUGAUCAAGUAAAACAUGAAACAUACUGUCUUUAAACUGUUUUUAUUUCAGUACAGGUCAAGUCACUGCUUUCUGUUUUUAUUUGAAUUACACAUAUUAUCCCAUUUUUUGGGAAUUUCAUAAUUGACCAAAUUCAACAAGUAACCUUUAGGACUGUAAAUGUUAAAGUGUGAUCAUUGUGUCUCAUUUGAACUUGCCAAUAACUGUUACUGUGUGUAGUCAUGUGGUGUGUAUUAAAUAAUUAUUUUUUUUUUAUGUAGUAUAUUUUGUUAAAAUUAUUUUUAAACUAGUCUUAUCAGAAUAUGGACCAUCAGGCCACCCAACCACAACAGUAUCUAUAUUCCAUUGGCAUCCACUGCUGGUACAGUCUUCAUAACCACUUUGUGUUUGCUGUGUGAGAUUUAAUAGUGAUAUUGUCUUCUAAUUGAUAAAUGAUGUGGUGUUUAAUACAGAACCUGUACCUCUUUUUACCCACUACUGCUCCUCUCUCACACACAAGCUCUAUAAGCACUCUGGAGAAAUUAAACUGCAGGCACUCUAUGAGGAA